GCCCUCUCCCAGCUACCUCUCACUUUGGAGAAGCUGGAUUACAGGGGGAUUGUGGCCCAGGCAUGCCGGCUCUGCUCCUUCCCAUUGGCUGGGAAAGCCUCUUAAAAGUGGAGAAGUGGUUUCUUUCUGCUAGAUCAGCAACCUAUGAUUCUUUAGCGACUUUAAAACAUAAGCAGCUGCUGACCCACAUCCAUGCGGUAAACACUUUGGUGCUUGAGCUGCAGGCUUCGCAGAGCCAAGGGGACUCUGGAGGAGGGUCUGGAAGCAGCUAUUGACCACCACAAGAAGACCCCAUCUGCACCAGGCUUUCAGGAUCUUUGAGAGCUGAGGUUUUUGCUGGCUAGGAAAGAAGGAUGCAAGAAAUCAGAAGGCUUCUUCCAGGGGUUCUCAUUGGAUGCCUGUCAUGGAGUGAGUUCUGAAAGGUUGUCCCCUCCUUCUUCAAACUAGCCCUAGGCACCAGGAAGCACUCCUUGGAUCCUUCUCCUUGGAAGUCAAAAAGUGAAAGGGAAGGCACAGCCUCACCCAAGCACCACUCAUCUCGCUUGCCUUUGGGUUCCUCCCCUGGUUGACCAAUGGGGAAGGGCCAUGCUGAGGACGGCCACCUGCCAGAAAGAGCAAAGCCUCCAGAUGGUGGCUGGGGCUGGAUAGUACUGUUUGGUUGCUUUGUCAUCACUGGCUUUUCCUAUGCCUUUCCAAAGGCAGUGAGCAUAUAUUUCAAGGAGCUGAUGCAUGACUUCCAUGUGGGCUAUAGUGACACAGCUUGGAUCUCAUCUAUCAUGCUGGCUAUGUUGUAUGGAACAGGGCCUGUGAGCAGCAUUUUGGUGAACCAGUUUGGGUGCCGGCCUGUGAUGCUUGUUGGGGGGCUCCUGGCUUCCUCUGGGAUGAUUCUAGCCUCCUUCACCACCAACAUUAUUGAGCUGUACCUGACAGCUGGUGUACUGACAGGUUUAGGCAUGGCUCUGAACUUUCAGCCUUCUCUGAUCAUGUUAGGUUCCUACUUUGACAAGCGCAGACCUCUAGCCAAUGGGCUCGCUGCGGCCGGGAGUCCCGUCUUCCUUUCAGCCCUCUCUCCACUGGGCCAAGUCUUGCUGGAGAAGUUUGGCUGGCGAGGGGGAUUCCUCAUCAUGGGGGGGCUCCUGCUUAACUGCUGCACCUGCGGAGCAGUCAUGAGACCCCUGGAACUGAACAGGAAGAAGAAAGGAGAGGAAGCCCAGGACAAAUAUGAAGCCAAAGAAAUGCUGCCCAUGGGAGGAAGGGCUGAAGAGGCUGUCAGCACCACGGACAGCGCCAAGAAGUCAAACAAAGCCAAGAAGAAGAAGCCCAAGAAAGGGAAGAAGCUGUUGGAUUUUUCCAUCUUUAAAAACCGGGGUUUCGUCAUUUACGCCAUUGCCAAGUUCAUCAUGGUCUUAGGUCUCUUUGUGCCCACCAUAUUGCUAGUCAACUAUGCCAAGGACUCAGGAGUGCCAGACAAAGAGGCCGCUUUCCUCCUGUCCAUCAUUGGUUUCAUAGACAUCUUUGCCCGCCCAUCCUGCGGGGUGCUUGCUGGGCUGAAGCGGGUGCGGCCCCACGUGACCUACUUGUUCAGCUUCGCUAUGCUCUUCAAUGGCCUGACAGAUAUCUUCAGCGCCAGGGCCACCGAUUACACGGCCCUUGUCAUUUUCUGCAUUUUCUUUGGCAUCUCCUACGGGAUGGUGGGGGCCCUGCAGUUUGAAGUCCUCAUGGCCAUCAUUGGGUCCCAGAAGUUCUCCAGCGCCAUCGGGCUUGUGCUGCUCAUUGAGGCCUUUGCUGUGCUCAUCGGACCACCCACUGCAGGACGAUUGGUGGAUGCGCUCAAGAAAUACGAGGUUAUCUUCUACCUGGCUGGCUCAGAGGUUGUGUUGUCGUCUCUGUUCCUGGCUGUGGCUUCUUACUGCUGCCUGAGCAGGAAGGAAAAGAAGAACUCUCAGCCAGAGAACCCUCCUGCAGGCGGAGGUGGCAGUGAAACAGAGGAAGCAGAAUCAGAUGUCCCGGAAGCAGAGGACCACCCUGGAGACAAUCACCACCUCUCCCGCAACAUUAACAAUGCAGGGGGUGAUGCAGUGAACCACAUUGCAGAGAACAGGAACGUGGAUGGAGCCGGCAGGCCGGAAGGGGAGGGUGUAGCUUUGGUACCGGGGGGCUGCGAUGCUGACCAGACAGUGGAAAGAGACAGUUUUUAGCUAUGUGGAGCUCAGCUUUGAUGAACAAGAGACAAUGUUGCUAUUGUAUGGGGUCUGGUCCAACCUAAGGAGGAGCGUAUAUGGAAAACGGAUGUUUCUGGAUGCUGGGAUGAGAUAGACCGAGUCUCAAGAAUAGUGAUGUUUAUAUGUGUAAAGGCACAAUGGUACAGUGGUACCUUGGUUUUUGAGCGUCUCAGAAGUUGAACGUUUCAGCUUUCGAAUGCUGAAAAUCUGGAAGUAAAUGCUUCUAUUUUUUAAUGCUUUUUGGAAGCCAAACAUGCCAUGUGGUUUCCGCAUUGAGUUUUCCAGACGUAAUUGCUUCUGGAAAUGCAUGCUUCGGUUUUCAUAUGUUUCGGAAGUCGAAUGGUUUUCCGGAACAGAUUAAGUUCGAAAACUGAGGUUCCACUAUACUGUGAAUGGAAAUUUGAAGGAAUACAAGCCACAGAGCUCCCCUGAAUGGCUUGCAGAAUUAUGUAAUGCUUUUCAACACAGCGGGGGGUUGUCCCCCAUGUACUGACAAACACUUAAAUUAGGAGAUUUUAAUGAUCAGUCUAUCUUUGAUACCUUUUUCUAAGCUACCUCUACUAAUCCAGAGCUCAGCAAAGGAGGCCAUCACAUUGUAAUCCUUACCCUUCGAAAUGGUUUUCCCAGUUUUGUCAAAGGUGUAGAGCAUAUUAGGAACAUAGCAAGCUGCCUUAUGCUGAGUCAAACUCUUGGGUCCACUUCAGUCAGUAUUGUCUGCACUGACUGGCAGCUGCUCUCCAGAGUUUCAGACCAAGGUCUCUCCCAGUUCUACCUAGAGAUGUCAGCUUGCGACCUUCUGCAAGAAGAGCCUUUAACAGUUUCCGUAUGUAGAAUGGGGAGAGGAGUACCAUAUAGAUCGGAAAGUCAUAUAUCCAUUUUGAAAGACUGGCUGUGUGCCAAAUCUUCAACGAGAGAGAAGGUAUGUAGCUAAGGAGAUGCCAACUAUUGGCCACAUUUCUGUUGGAAAAAGAAGCUUCCACCAGUCCUAAGUGGACGUCAGGUGGCUGCUAUGUAGACCAGACUGUGUAACGAGAGAGGGUUUUCCCCUCUGGCCUAAAACAGGGAUGGAAGACGGUAGAAUGAUUACGCUUUCAGGGAUGCCAAGUAAAUGUUCAAUGCAAACAUUUCAGGUAAGUCAUGCCAUUAGCUCAGCCCUCUAAUGUAGCCCUAAUGAGAGGAAAAUGCCUUCUAUUUUUUUUUUUUUUUGGCAAAAAAUGCACCCUUAGUGUUCUAUCCACAACAGGGCUUCUGUCCCUUUAAGGUGUUCUACGGCAGGUAAAAGUUAUUCAGUGUUGCUACAGCAGGAAAAACGGUACCCGUUGGUUGUUGCGCUCUUUCAAAGCUCCUAAAGGGAAAGAAACCUUGUUAUUCUUUUUGCAGUAUGGCCAGCCUAUUCCAUUGGCCAGGGAUUGCCGCAGGCCAGGAUAGCUCUAGCUACUUUUAACUUCAAAGCCUCUGCCCCACUGUGCUACUGUCCUCCUCUGGUGGGAAAGCUUUGUGGCUGGAAAGAGGCCAAACCAAGCAGCAUCCAUCAUCUAUAAACAAAAAAGCCUUUCCUUUUAUUGCAUAGUAUGAGAUGGUCACAGGAGUCUGGGCAGGGGUUAAGAAAAAGUGGAUGCAUCUUCUGAGCCUGCCUUUAAUACAUAAAUCUAUCCUUUGUUCUUUACCCAGCAGGGCUGCUUGUAGCCUUUCUGUAGCCAGAGGUAGAAAUACUAAGCACCCAUGAGUAAUGCCCUAUAUUUGUGCUGUUUUGUAUGCCAAUUCAGAAUUUGCUUUACCUUCCAUUCUACUGGAAGAAUUACCCUUUGGAAAUUGAAAGCUUUGUGUGUGUG